AUGACGCGAGUAGCCGCACACGUUCUACGGAGGUACCUGUUAAGAGGUCAAUUGCCUACAGGCGGCUGUUUGAAGCGAUGGAGAGAUUGUCAACACACAUCUGCCAUUCCAUUGUCCACAAAGAGAUUUCACGGAACACAAGCAUCGCAAGAAACAACAAUCAGCGAGCCUCCAAGUACACCACCUACGAUCCCAUUUCGUAAGCAAUUGAAAGAUGCUGCCAAGAUACGGAAAGCCGAGGGCACGAAGAAGGUUGCAAAGGCGGAAAAUCAGAGCUUGAAAGAUUGGGAGUUGACAGUCGGAAUAGAAAUACAUGCGCAAUUGAAUACCAAGCGAAAGCUCUUUUCGCGCGCCGUUUCUACCAUCAAUGAUGCUCCAAAUACUCGCGUUGCCUUGUUUGAUGUUGCAAUGCCUGGUUCAAUGCCCAUAUUUCAGAAAGCCACCUUGAUACCCGCUAUUCGAGCAGCGUUAGCACUAAACUGUGAGAUUCAAAAGAAGAGUAAAUUCGAUCGAAAGCACUAUUUUCAUUGGGACCAACCGUCGGGGUAUCAGAUCACCCAAUAUUACGAGCCGUUUGCUAAGGAUGGGUAUAUCACAUUGUAUGCGCAUGAUGGGAUUGCAAAGGAGGAUGGAGAAGAGAUAAAGAUAGGCAUCAAACAGAUCCAGAUGGAACAAGAUACUGCCAAGACCAUAUCGGAACCAGGUGGUAUACACCUGCUGGACUUCAACAGAGUAGGCCUACCUUUGAUUGAAAUUAUAACUCUGCCACAGAUCCAUCAUCCCAGCACUGCUGCUGCAUUGGUCCGCAAGGUACAGCAGAUCCUCGAUGCUGUGGAUGCUUGUGUGCUUGGUAUGGAAUCUGGUGGAUUGCGUGCAGAUGUGAAUGUUUCUGUCAAAAGACGAGAUGUGGAAGACGGAGGACACGAAUAUUCAGGCGUCAAGAAUCUGGGUCAACGAACGGAAAUUAAGAAUCUGAGCAGUUUCAAGUCUGUCGAAGAUGCGAUCAUUGCAGAGCGUGAUCGACAAAUCGAGCUCCUCGAAUCUGGAGGUGUUGUUGAGGGAGAAACUCGAGGUUGGACAAUCAAUGCUACUGAAACAAAAAGACUUCGAGGUAAGGAAGGAGAAGUUGAUUACAGAUACAUGCCAGAUCCAGAUAUCGCACCGGUAUACAUUGAACAGGAUCUCAUCGACCAUCUACAACAAACUCUCGGAGCUCUACCUGAUGAAGAGAUCAAACUCCUCUCAACCGACUUCGGCCUAACAGUCAAAGACGCCAUGUCACUGAUCUCCCUUAACAACGGCGGCCGCUACGAAUACUUCCGCAACGUAGUCGACGAACUUCUUCCUCUAAGCAAUCAAGACCUCCCCACCACUGGCCGUCUCGUCGGAAACUGGGUCCUCCACGAAAUGGGCGGCCUCACUCACGUCCUCGCCGACGAAGAAAACCCUCUCCGCAUGACCAGCGAUGGAGACUGUAUCAUCAAACACCAAGACCUCGCGUCCCUCAUCCAUUUAUAUACCACCGACAAAAUCACAGGUAAAUCCGCCAAACGCGUUCUCCAGCUUCUGUUCGUGAAUGCGCUUGAAGGGAAAGAGAAGAGCACCCACGAGGUGAUCGAGGAACAAGGACUGUGGUUUAUGCCGUUGAGUGAGGAGGAGUAUGAGGAGUUGGCGCGGAGCGUGCUGGAUAUGGAGGUUGUGAAGCAGAUUUUGGCGGGGAAGGAGGGGAAGGUUAAGUUUUUGCUGGGGCAGAUGAUGAGGAGUGAUAGAGACGGGAGGGUGGAUCCGAGGAGGGCGGAGGGGGUGUUGAGGGGGGUUAUUGAGGGGCUUAGGGAGUAG